ACCACGACUCACGAGCAACAACAGACAUAUACAAACUUGCUCUUUCAACGGUUUUUCAGCACACAUAAAUCUUUGACAAGUAGAGUGUUUGGAGAGAAACAGAGGACAGACAGAGAUUUUUCUCCGUGAAAAUGGAGGUUAAGGAGGAGGUUAUUUCGAUUGAGCUCCCAGCUCCUGUUGCUUGGAAAAAAAUGUACUUUCCCAAGAAAGGCACCCCAAGGAAGAUUGAGAUAAUGUUCAUUGCUCCAACUGGAGAGGAGAUUAAUAAUCGGAAACACUUGGAGCAGUACUUGAAGUUGCACCCUAGCAAUCCUUCCAUAUCAGAGUUUGAUUGGGGUACUGGUGAGUCUCCAAGGAGAUCAUCCAGGAUAAGUGAAAAGGUCAAGGCUACUCCAACUCCUGAAAAGGAGCCUCUAAAGAAGCGGGGCCGAAAGUAUGCGCCUUCAAAGAAGGAAGACGAAGAAGCUGAAGCCUCUCCUGAAGAGGCAGAAGUUGAGAAAGAAAUCCAAAUGAAAGAUGCGGAUGCGACUGAGGAUGCAAGCAAGAAUGCAAAUGCAACUGAGGAUGCAAACAAGAAUGCGGACAUAAAUAUAGGAGAAACUGAUGCAGAGGUAUUCAAGAAAGAAGUUAAUAUCAAAGAUGCUGUUGAGGAAACCAAUCCUGACAAUGAGGGAAAAGAAAUUGCCCUUGCUGAAGAACACAAAAGUGUAAUUGAAACUGAAGUCACUGAUGCAAAAGUGGAGGACAAACCUACUGAAGGAGCUGGUGCUACUGAAGUGACUGAAACAGCUGUAGUCUCUGAAGAAAAGAUGUCACAAACUGACACCGAGAAACAGGAAGUGAAUGUGGCAUCUGAGAAGCCACAGGAUGAAAUAACCAUUGAAGCAAAUGGUGGUUCAGGGAAAGAGAACUCUAAUGGAACAGCCUCUGUUUCCGAGGGAGAAAUGAAAGAGAAACUUAAUGUCUUGGAAAAUGAUGUGAAACCCAGCAUGGAAGUGAAUGAGAAGACAAAAUUAAUGGUUGAAGAGGUGAUUGAAAAUGGCAAAGUUGGCCAGAUGGGGCAAACUGAUGCCCCAUUGCUGCCAGGUCCCUCCCCAGUGACUUGCUGAGUCUAGUGCACAGUUAUUCCCGUCCCCAUCUUUUUAGUGAUUGUUACCUUUUGAACUCCUUGGAUGACUGUAAACGUUAAUGUGUAGAUUUAGAAUUAUGUUGUCUAGAUCUGUAGCAUGUAGGGAAAGCAUGAUCCGUUCAUUAGAUUGUGCAACUUCCAUUAGAUUGUGCAGGGAACUCAGAUUGUAGACUCUACGUAUUCGACUUUAAUGGUUACUGGGUUUUAUUAUA